UGACCACUUCCUUCCCCAUUUCUCCUCUCUUCCUACCCCUCUCUCUCAUUUCCUAUUUGCUUCCCUUUUUUUCUUGCUUGCCAGGUUCCCUUCUUACCCUCCGCCUCCCUCCUUCCAUUCUGGAACUUGCCUCUCCUUCCCUCGUCCCUUCACUGGCUCAGGGUUUGUCCGCCCACUGGGGGAUGAUGGAAGGGGAAUGGAUCUCAGGCCUAGACUCCGGCUCCUCUCCACAGAUGCUUCUCUGGGUGCCCGAGUAAGCAGCCCUGAGACUGGCGGCUCGCGGGGUUGUGCUCAUUCUCUUACUGGCCAGGGGCUGGCGACUCUUUAUUUGCCGGAGUUGAGAGUUGAAAGGCGAAGAAGAACCCAGAGAUCCCCCAGCGAAAAUGUGUUGCGGACCCUGUUGAAGGAGUCAACUUUCAGGCUGUUAAAGUCCUCAAGUCAUUAGCAUCAGCUGCGGCACUGGAGGGGCAAGCCAGCGCCUCUAAGUGGCUUAGCGCGCAAACGAGGCUCCCGAGAACACCGCGGCAACCCCAUCCGCUCUUCCACCACCGGCUGGAUGUAAAUUGCUCUCCGGAGCCCAUCUUGGCACAGCCUACCAGACAGCAACACCAACACCUCUUGACAUGGAAAUGCACUGAUACAAUAGGCAAAAGAAACCACUCGAUUGCAUCUCCCGGUUCCAGGUGGCCUUAUUUGGGCGAUUCGUUCCUGACCUUAUUCCUGAGAUCAGAAAGGCUACCGUGUGUGGGGUAAAAAUACCCAGAGACAGAUGCUGUAAUAUAGUAAAUGAUGGAGGAUUCAGGCAUCCAGCGAGGCAUCUGGGAUGGAGAUGCCAAGGCUGUCCAGCAAUGUCUGACAGAUAUUUUUACCAGUGUUUACACCACCUGCGACAUCCCUGAGAAUGCUAUAUUCGGUCCCUGCAUCCUGAGCCAUACUUCCCUGUAUGACAGCAUAGCUUUCAUAGCUCUCAAGUCCACAGACAAGAGAACAGUCCCCUAUAUCUUCCGGGUAGACACCUCAGCGGCAAAUGGUUCUUCAGAAGGUCUCAUGUGGCUGCGACUUGUCCAGUCAGCCAGAGAUAAAGAAGAGCAGAACCUUGAAGCCUAUAUAAAAAACGGACAGCUGUUUUACCGCUCUCUCCGCAGGAUUGCCAAAGACGAGGAAUUACUAGUUUGGUAUGGGAAAGAACUGAUUGAGUUACUCUUGCUCUGCCCCUCUAGAUCCCACAGCAAAAUGAAUGGGUCGUCCCCUUACACAUGCCUGGAAUGCAGCCAACGUUUCCAGUUUGAGUUCCCCUACGUGGCGCAUCUGCGCUUCCGCUGCCCCAAGAGACUUCACAGCGCUGAUGCCAGCCCCCAAGAAGAGCAAGGCGGCGGCGUGGGCACCAAGGAUCACGGGGGCGGGGGCGGGGGCAAGGACCCGCAGCAGCAGCAGCAGCAAGAGGCGCCCUUGGGCCCUGGCCCCAAGUUCGGCAAAGCCGGCCCCAUCCACCACUACCCCGCCCCUUCCCCCGAGGGCAGUAACCAGCCUGCGGCUGGCAGCGGCGGCGGCGGCGCCAAGCCCUCCACGGACUUUCACAACCUGGCCCGGGAGCUCGAAAACUCGGGGGGAGGCAACAGCUGCUCCCCGGCCCGGAGCCUCGGUAGCGGCGGCGGCCACCAGGAGGCGGAGCUGAGUCCCGACGGCAACGCCAUGGGCGGCGGCAAGGGGAAGAGGAAAUUCCCGGAGGAGGCGGCGGAGGGGGGCGGCGGCGUGGGGCUGGCGGGGGGCCGGGGUCGCUUCGCCGAGCGGCCCCUGCCCGCCUCCAAGGAGGACUUGGUGUGCACGCCGCAGCAGUACCGCGCCUCGGGCAGCUACUUCAGCCUGGAAGAGAACGGCCGCCUUUUCGCGCCGCCCAGCCCCGAGACGGGCGAGGCGAAGCGCAGCGCCUUCGUGGAGGUGAAGAAGGCGGCCCGAGCGGCAGGUCUGCAGGAGGACGCGGCCGCCGACGGCGGGGGCGCGGCCGCCGAGGACCAGGACCGCGGCGGCGGCGGCGGCGCCUCCACGCCCGCGGCCGCUUCGCCGGCAGGCGCCGACAAGCUGCUGGCCCCGCGGCCUGGGGGCCCUCUGCCUAGCCGGCUGGACGGCGGCAGCCCGGCGCGGGGCAGUGCCUUCACCUCGGUGCCGCAGCUGGGCGGCGCGGGCAGCGGCGGCGCGGGCGGCGGCGCGGGCGCGGGGGCCUCCGGCGGCGCGGGCGGCGGCCAGGGUGCCGCCUCGGACGAGCGCAAGAGCGCCUUCUCGCAGCCGGCGCGCUCCUUCUCACAGCUGUCCCCGCUGGUGCUGGGCCAGAAGCUGAGCGCGCUCGAGCCGUGCCACCCCGGCGACGGGGUGGGCCCCACCAGACUCUACCCCUCCGCCACCGACCCUCUGGCCGUGAAGCUGCAGGGGGCCGCGGACCUGAACGGAGGUUGCGGGGCCCUGCCGAGCGGCGGCGGCGGCGGCGGCCUGCCCAAACAGAACCCCUUCCUCUACGCCACCGCCUUCUGGCCCAAGAGCUCGGCGGCGGCGGCGGCGGCGGCGGCGGCGGCCGCGGGGCCCCUGCAGUUGCAGCUGCCCUCUGCGCUCACGCUGCUGCCGCCCUCCUUCACCUCGCUGUGUCUGCCCGCGCAGAACUGGUGCGCCAAGUGCAAUGCCUCCUUCCGCAUGACCUCCGACCUGGUGUACCACAUGCGGUCGCAUCACAAAAAGGAGUACGCGAUGGAGCCCUUGGUGAAGCGGCGGCGGGAGGAGAAACUCAAGUGCCCCAUCUGCAAUGAGUCCUUCAGGGAGCGCCACCACCUCUCCAGGCACAUGACCUCGCAUAAUUGACACGGAAAGGACCCUAGCUUUCCACGCGCGCACACUCACAGUCAAGCCACCUGCAGGAAAAACACGCGAGGACCUCCACCACUUCCUUGUGACCUGAAACGUUGCACCCAGAGACAGAAACACACACUCAAACAUACACGUGCCACCUCCAACCUUUUCAUUUACAUGUUUACCUGUGACCUACAUUACACACACACACACACAAGACAGGAUGGUGGAUUUUUGAUUGGGCGGGUUGUUCAAGGGGUUUUCUUUUGAAUGCACGCAUUUUCACUUUCCAAAAACAAAGGUACAUUUUUUAAAAUGUCAUAUAUUGCAACAUAUUGAUGCAUUUGUCAUACGUUUCUACUUAAAUUAUUAAGCACUUACGGUUUAGAUGUAAUAAUUAUAUGUAAGGGCAAAAUUUAUUUUAGAUAUAAAGUAAAGGAGGAGGGUGAGAUGCUUUCUGCAUUUCUUGAUGACAGUUUGUGUUCUUACAAAAAUAAAUAAAAUGAAGAAAAAGGGGUCACCAUUCAAUUUAAGUUUCCAGGGGGAAGUGCAUGUAUCAUGAAAUGAUUAUGGACUUCAAUGAAGAAUGUCAUCAUUAUGUAAAUAUGUAUUUCCUUUUAAUACAAAGUGUAAUUUUGUGCCAGUGAAAUGGAGUCUGAAUAGUUAUGUGUUUCUUUUAUCCCUGGAAAGAUUUAUUAAACUUUAUAGAUUAUCCAGGUAUUGUUGGAUGCUUUGACAAUAAAUGACUAUUUUCUU